ACUCCAUUCAUAAAUUUCCGUACGAUUUUGUAUGACGAGUUGACGAGUGACUAUUGACUAUCCCGAAUUAUUAAACAUCAAACAAAAACACCCAAAUGCCCGUCGUCGAAUUGUGUGAUCAGUAUGACUAGACAGGAAACGGUUUGGUUUAUCAUUUCCAAUAAUUGAAAAAUCUCGGAGAACCGAGAUUUCCUUAUGUCUUAUGUCAAAACUGUUUCAUUCAUUUUUUACAGUACAUAGCUGUUAAAUAUGGCGGACGAGCAUUUUAAAGUCCGAACUGAAGAACGUUUGAAAAUAAAAAUAGGGGAGGCCAAAAACUUACAAUCUCGCCUUCAUGGUUCUGCCACACAUAGAGAUGUUUACUGUACAUUAUCCUUGGACCAGGAAGAAAUAUUUAGAACAUCCACAGUGUAUCAAAGUUUAAGUCCAUUCUUCGGCGAGGAAUUCCAGUUCGAAGUACCCCGCGACUUCCGCUUCAUCUCCGUGUACGUCUUCGACAGAGACAAGCACCUCAAACAAGACAAAAUCCUCGGCAAAGUGGCCAUCAAAAGGGAACAGCUGGCCUCCUACAACAACAAGGACCACUGGUUCCCCAUGAAGGCCGUGGACGCGGACUCGGAAGUGCAGGGCAAGGCCAACAUCGAGAUCAGGUUCGAGGCGGAGGCCAAUGCGACGCGCAGGCUUUUGGUGAGGGUGGUGCAGUGCCUGGAUUUGACGUUGAAGAACGGCGCAUGCGAUCCGUACGCCUUGGUUUGCGUGACGUAUACGAACGGCAAGCGGAUCUCGAAAAGGACGAAGGUGAGGAAAAAAACGACUUCGCCGCAGUUCGACGAGAUCUUCACCUUCUUCAACAGCGAAGGGAGGGACAUUAUGUGCGAGAGCGAUUCGGAGAUUUGCGAAUUGCACAUGUCCAUUUGGCACGACACGCCCGGUAUUAGCGAUGACGUCUUCCUCGGGGAAGUCAGGGUGCAGCUAAGGGGGAUGCAGCAACAGAAUUCGGCGCAUCGAAACGCAUGGUACUUUCUACAGCCUAGAUCUGGAAAAAAUCGACCUUUUUUGACUCAUUCGACUCCACCCGGUACUCGAUUGUCUAGUGACAACUCUUUGGGCUGUCUUCGCCUCCAAAUUCAAUACACCGAAGACAGGGUGUUUCCCGCAACUGUAUAUAAUGAUCUGAAAAACUUGUUAUUGCAAAGUACACAUAUACAACCUAUCACAGCUACUUCAGUGUAUGUUCUUGGCGAAAUUGUCAACAAAAUGGACAUUGCCCAACCUUUAGUCAGGAUAUUUUUACAUUAUGACAGGAUAGUACCGAUAAUUCGGGCACUGGCCAAUGUCGAAAUUUCUAAUGUUACGGACCCGACGACGAUAUUCAGAGGCAAUACUCUGGUAUCGAAAAUGAUGGACGAAGCGAUGCGGCUGAUCGGGUUACAAUACCUGCACAAAACGCUGAGGCCCACGUUGGAGCUCAUAUUCAAUGAGCGAAAACCCUGCGAAAUCGACCCUACCAGAGUGCGAGACGCCAAUACGAUAGCUACCAACCUGGCGAACCUGAAAUUCUACAUCCAGAAAAUCUUCGAGGCCAUCACGCAGAGCGCCGUCCACUGUCCGGCGCUGAUGUGCCGGAUCUUCCACAAUCUGAAGGAGUGCGCCAUGAUGCACUUUCCGGAAAACAAGGGGGUGCGCUAUUCGGUCAUAUCCGGCUUCAUCUUCCUCAGGUUCUUCGCGCCCGCCAUCUUGGGGCCCAAGCUGUUCGAUCUGACCAACCAGCCAGGGGACUGCCAAACUGCCAGGACGCUGACGCUGAUCUCGAAGACGAUCCAGUCGCUGGGCAACCUGGUCAGUUGCCGGUCGUCGCACCAGGUGUGCAAGGAGGAGUACAUGGAGGGGUUGUACAAGGCGUUCUACACGGAGCGGCACAUGACGGCCGUAAGGCAAUUCCUCGAAAUCAUCUCGGCCAACACGUCCAGCCAGCAGCCGAUCAACAACAACGAUGUGCCGGUCACGUUGAAAGAGGGGCUUAUGAUCAAAAGAGCCCAAGGAAGGAAACGAUUUGGAAGAAAAAACUUCAAGCAGCGUUAUUUCCGACUUACCACACAAGAUCUCAGUUAUUCAAAAAAUCGAGGCAAAGACGCUUUAUGUCGCAUCCCUCUGACCAACAUCCUGGCGGUGGAGAGGCUGGCCGAGACGUCGUUCAAGAUGAAGAACAUGUUCCAGAUCGUGCAGCCCGAGAGGGCGCUGUACGUGCAGGCGGCGAAUUGCGUCGAAGAGAAGGAGUGGGUCGACUUGUUGACCAAGAUCUGUCAGACCAACGCCAACAGGCUCAAAAAAUACCAUCCGUCCGCCUUCAUCAACGGUCACUGGUUGUGCUGUAAAUCCCCCAACGAACUGGCGCCCGGCUGCAGCGAGGUAUCGCCCGCCGACAACAACUAUCACAUGACGCUCGACCCCGAAAGGGAUUUGCAGCGCAUCCAUUCGCUGAUCAUCGCGCACCUCUUGACGUUCGACAAGUUCAUAGCCGCCUUCGAGGGCAACGACGCCGCCGUCUGCGACAUCCUGAAGCGGCUGCGCGAGAGCGCCUUCCAGAUCGAGCAGAAGCACAGGCUGUACAAGCGGACGCUGGACCGCAACACCAAAUACGGCAGUCUUGCUGCGCCGAUUGGUGACGACAACUACCUGUUGGCGUCCCGUCUCAACAUGGACACGUCCAUUUUGAGAAGAUGCAACUCCAGCGAGCCCUCCUGCCCUUGACGAAUUUGAAUGUUCAAGAAAUGUUGCAUGCAAGAUUGAACGAAAAAAAAAACAUAUACAGUGAAAAUACGGCGAAAGGUAUGCAGUUCAGUUAUUCGUUUCUCAGGAAGUUCCCUUUUGUAUUGCAUCAAUGAAUUAAGAGGAAGGAAAAAACCAGCUGAUUGGAUAACAUUUUGUAUUUGUACAAAUUUCCAGAGACAAAAAACCCUCAAAAACUAAUAAUAGAGAGAUUUUGAUGCAUACCUUUUGUUGAUCAUUGUAUAUACAUGAAGAUUCUCAUAUAGAAGACUGCUAACAUUUAAGCGAUUCUAAAGCAAUUGCAGAAACAAAAACACACGUGUAAUCCUAG